CUCUCUAUCUAGCACAUUACGCACAAAAUGCGCACCCCUUUGGUUUAGAAAUAUCGACAUGAUUGAUCAAGAGUCCCUUCCUUGUUUCUCUUCUUGCAUUUCUAUCUUCUCUCCCAAUCCAACAUCUACAGUGCUUUCCUUCUCAAGUUUAAUAAUAAAGCCCCUGUUACUGCACUUUGAACUAUACUUACAAUCGAAGGAGCAUCGUUAUCCAGGCCAUGGCCUCCGUGUCGACAUUCUUAGUCUCCAAUAUCCACUGUCCUUCCUGUGUCACCUACGUCCAAGAUGUCCUACGUGAGAUACCCAACAUCCUGUCGGUACAAAUUUCGUUAAUCGAUCAAACAAUCCGUGUGAAACAUGCGCAUGACAAAACACAGGACCGGAUCACCAAAGAGCUGCUCGAGGCAGCAUUCGAGGUUCAGCAUGUUACCACGGUGGGAGCAGACGGCGUCCAGACCUGUGAUUACGAUGUGUCACCUCCUCUGGUGGAGGCUUCACUUGGUCGGUCAAGAUGGUUCAUGUCCCGGGCGCAACGCAAACACAUCGAAAAUUGCAAAGCAUGUCAAAGCAAAAGAGAAAGAACUCCCGUCAAAAGACGACCGUGGGCUGCAGUUACCCGACAGAGGCGCAUGGAUACAGGUCAUUCCAAGCCAAAGUCAAAGGAUACCACAACAUCCGAUGAUACACUGGUGGAGGAUCAACCUGCUGUGAUAAAUGUUGAUGGUACCAACGAUCGCCAGGAUCACGCCGAAUACGUCGCAACUGUUGUCAUUGGGGGUAUGACCUGCGCCUCUUGCAGCGGUACUAUAAUUAAGGAAUUGAACAAUCUCGACUUCGUGCAGUCUGCAGACGUCAGCUUAAUGACUAAUAAUGCCAGAGUGGUCUUCUCAGGACAAAAGUCUCUGUCUGCAAAACUCAUCGAAGCCAUUGAGGAUGUUGGCUACGAGGCAUCAAUCGAAGAUGUAGUGCCUCUGGUACGGAAAGCGUCGAUUUCCGGGGUUGGAAACACAGAAUACAAAGCCACCGUGAGCAUUGAUGGCAUGUCUUGUGGCAGCUGUGUUGGUACCAUUACUCGAGGUCUCGAAGAACUACCAUUUGUACGAUCUGUCAACGUCGACUUACUUGGUCAUCGUGGUGACGUUGUUCUUCUUGACAAGGAGAAUGUUGAGGCGGUGUUGAUGAAGAUCGAAGAUAUGGGCUAUGAUGCAGUUGUGGUGCAAUUAGAACCUACCGACACUCCUGGAAACAUCACGCCAUCUGAGAGAACUGUCCAGAUCAAAGUCGAUGGCAUGUACUGUGAACUUUGUCCAGACAACAUUGUGGCUGCAUUACAAGCGGCCAUGCCAGCCAAAGAUGGCUCAGCCUACACUAUCACUGAACUACCAACACUUCGCAAUCCCAUUCUCACCAUCGCCUAUCGACCUGCUCCUCCCGAAAUCACUGUCCGCAACAUCAUCUCGGCCAUCAAUAAGUCUGAUUUGGCAUUGAAGGCGAGCGUGUAUCAUCCUCCCACGCUUGAGGAACGCUCACGCCGACUUCAGCGACGCGAACAGAAAGCUAUUCUUCUCCGACUGGCGUUCACUGCUGUGGUCGCAAUACCAACCUUCAUAAUUGGAGUGGUCUACAUGAGCCUUGUACCCAAGUCUAAUCAAACGAGGCAGUGGUGGGAAGAUCCCAUCCUGGCUGGCAAUGCAAUGCGGAGGGAAUGGGCAUUAUUCUUCAUGACCACUCCGGUCAUGUUUUUUGGUACAGAUAUAUUCCACACCAGAGCCUUGAAAGAGAUACGAUCCAUUUGGAGACGAUCAAGUAAAGUGCCUAUCCUACGAAGGUUCUACCGGUUUGGAAGCAUGAACUUGCUGAUCAGUGCCGGAGCUGCAGUGGCCUAUUUCUCAUCUCUGGCCGUCCUUAUCAUGGACGCAACUGCUCCUCGAGACAUGAAGAAUCAUCGCUCGGCCGACACUUACUUUGAUACUGUCACAUUCCUUACAUUUUUCAUCCUGAUUGGCCGCUUUCUGGAAGCUUACAGCAAGGCCAAAACUGGUGAUGCCGUUGCCAUGCUAUCCAAACUACGACCUUCGAAUGCUUUACUAGUGGCGGGCAAUGCACAAGAUGGCGAUAGAGAUGAGCAGACCAGUACUUGCGCAAUCCCGGUGGAUCAAUUAGAGGUAGGUGAUGUUGUCCAAAUCCCACAUGGCGCAUCACCACCCACCGAUGGCCUCGUCGAUCAGCAAGGCACGUUCUUGUUCGACGAAAGCUCGCUCACUGGAGAGUCAAAACCUGUCCGGAAGUCGUCUGGCGAAGAAGUGUACACAGGCUCUGUGAAUGUCGGCGACCCUGUACGAAUCAAAAUCACCGAGGUUGGUGGCACAUCAAUGCUUGACAAGAUAGUCAAUGUCGUCCGUGAGGGCCAAGCCAAACGUGCACCGAUUGAACGUGUUGCUGACAUCAUCACGGGGUACUUUGUGCCCGUAAUCACUCUCAUAGCCAUUGUUACUUGGGUCAUCUGGUUAGGCUUGGGUGAGUCUGGGAGAUUGCCACAAGCAUGGUUGGACGUCCAGAAGGGAGGUUGGCCAUUCUGGUCACUCGAAUUUGCGAUUGCUGUCUUCGUAGUAGCUUGCCCCUGCGGAAUUGGACUGGCAGCUCCAACUGCACUCUUUGUUGGUGGUGGGCUUGCUGCCAAACAUGGCAUUCUCGUCCAGGGAGGUGGGGAGGCAUUCCAAGAAGCGUCAAGACUCGACACAAUUGUCUUUGACAAGACUGGGACGCUCACUGAAGGGCAAAUGAAGGUGACAGAUGUUCAAUUUCUCAGUCAAAACGAGACCCUGGAUCCGGAUGGAGAUGUCCAGGUGAUUCUAGCAGCAUCACGCAUUCUGGAAGAAUCAAGUACACAUCCCAUCGCCAAAGCCAUCGCGCAACACUGCGCAGAAAAAACAGUGGCGGCUUUGGAGAUACAGUCUGAGGACGUCAAAGAAGUGCCUGGGCAAGGCAUGACCGGGCGGUUCAUUGUCAAAACUGAUGCAGGAAGUUUGCGAUACGAGGUCGGACUCGGCAAUGAACGACUUCUCAGGACAAUCCGCAUGAACGACUCCUCGUUGAGAUCAUCUUCGGGCCCAGUGACAGAGAAGACGCAGGCUGUCAGAAGCGACUACUAUCUCGAGAACAUCCUGCAAAAGCAUCAAGCAUUGGGUCAUUCAACUGCCAUUGUCGCCAUGAGGAAGAUUUCGAACCAGGUAGCGGGUGAAACAGGUCUUCCCGAGUCAUACCAAGCUGUAGCCAUCUUCGCUAUUGCCGAUCCUGUGCGGAACGAAGCACCGAGCAUAUUGAAAUCGCUUCAAGACUCCGGAGUGGACGUGCACAUGUGUACUGGAGACAAUCGAAUCACUGCCCUCGCGAUUGCAUCGCAGCUUGGAAUACCAGUCAGCAAUGUCCGGGCUGGGGUGCUUCCGCAGGACAAAGCGGCGUAUAUCCAGGAGCUGCAAGGCGUGUCUGGCUCUAGAAAUUCUGGCAAGGCAUCAUCCCGUAAGAUUGUGGCAUUUGUGGGCGAUGGAACCAAUGACACUCCCGCGCUUUCAGCUGCAGAUGUAUCUAUCGCCCUCUCGUCUGGGUCAGAUGUGGCAAUCACGACUGCUUCCUUCAUCCUGCUCAACUCUGACCUCAACACCAUCCUUUCUCUUGUGAGGCUGGCGAAACGAGUCUUCCUCCGUGUCAAACUCAAUUUUGCGUGGGCAGCAGUAUACAAUCUGUGCCUGGUUCCUGUGGCAGCGGGGGUUUUUUACCCUAUCGGAGCCAGCCAUGAUCAUGGCGGUUGGAGAUUGGGACCUGUCUGGGCCAGUGUGGCGAUGGCAGCGAGCAGUGUCAGUGUUGUCACAAGUAGCUUGGCACUAAAGCUGCCGCAACUGAGUUGGAGAAGAGAAGGACAUCGUUGAUGAAGUAUUGUACGCGUACGAGUACGGGUAAUCUGGAGACAGGACCUGGACCACAAUAUGCGCGUCAGCCGUAGCAGAUAUAACACUCUGGCGGAGUUUGGUAGUCUUGGGUAGAUAGAUACCCAGUUAGACAAAAAGAUCAACCGAAAAGGAUAUUCGAAGUCUAGAGUCUGUCAUCUCGUAGGGCCGCACAUCCUGGAUACGAAAACUGGGUGCUCCGUA